UAAAAUGUAAAACGGAGGAUCUCGAUCUCGAGGAAAUGGACAGAGAAAGAAAACACUGAGUAAGCUAUUGUUUGCAAUUUAUCAUUGAUAUCUUGACAAAGAAGACUUGAAUUAAACAUGCGUCUUACAAGACAGUUAUUUGUAUCAAGGAAAAAGAGAUUCAAGUUUUUAUUUGACAAACUAAUUUACAAGGAUCUACCUUUGAAUGCUCCUGCUCUCAAAGAUGUUGAGAUUGAAAAGGUUAAAGAGAGCAGAGUGACAAGUCGUAACCAACCCAGACAAUUACCAGUUGAGCUAGCAGAUGACCCUAGGUUUUACGCUCCUCCUAAACCAGAGGAGAGAAGCAAUUAUAGGGAAAAACCAGCUUUUCUUUACAAUAAAAACUGCAGAUUUAUUGAAGGAACAAAACAAGCUUGUUUUCUAACAAAAUCAGUGAGGAUUGAGGGAAUGCCAGAAAAUGUUCAGCAACUUGUCAGCAAGUUUGAAACUCCAGAUGAGUCUAGGUUGUUGCAGAAAGCUGUCAUGAAAGCUCAGAUGUGGGAAUCCACCAAAGAAAGACUCCCUAAGCGAACUGAUCCUGAAAAGCCAUUAUAUAGAUUUGCUAGAGAGUAUGGAAUUCCCAGAGAUAAGAGUUUAAAUAUGUUGUCAUUUGACCUGCUUCGUAUGGCCGAGAUUGCUGUCACAGCCAAAUACCCAAAUGCUGGAAAAAACAGGAGAAUGAUAUUUCAUCCGCAUGGAAUAGCAACAUUCUUCAAGUACAAUGAGUCUCUCCUGAGUUUUUACUUGGGUAUUGAUGCCAUGAUAACAUCACCUUCACCCCUGCCCCCGUUUCUGUCGGAGGAGAGAGUGGAAGCUUCAGUGGAGAACAUCAUUCCCUCCAUCUAUCCCAUCAUGCCCACCAUUGAUUUUUACAAAUCACAUAAUUACAACUUGAAGAAUGCCUCAGGAUACUAUGGAGAGUGUAACCGUUUUCCUCACACACUGAUUUUGCUGAAUAAUGAUGACUGGUCUGAGGACGAACGACAAGCCCGAGCUCUGGUGACUGCUAUGGGUGUGACAGUGGGGCAUGUAAAAAGAAUGUAUCCAGAAGUCAAAGCAGAGCUCCCAAAGCCAAUGUCUAUACAAGUGAUCAAUUUGAGUGAAACAACUUUGAACUUUACGUAUUUUCAGCUUAACACUAUUGAUUUUGAUGAUUUAGACACUGGUGUGAAAAAUUUUGUAUGGUUUGACAAUGAGAAUGUAUUGUUUGAAAAGCACUUAUCUCAGCCAUGGAAAGAUGAGGAUUCUGGAACUAGGAUCGAAAAUUUAGAUAUGGAACCUUUUAAGAAACUUCUGGCUACAGUUGGAUAUUGUGCAGAAUUAGAAGACACAUCAUCAAAUUUUAAAGAUGUUCUUAUUGAACUCUAAAGUUAUUAAAGGAAUAAAAUGAUUUGAGGUUUA